AUGGUUUCUGAUUGGCGAUCAAUUCGAGCCGAUUUGGUGUCAAAGCGAUUCGCGUUCCUGGGUAAAUACCCUCCAUGUCCCUAUUACAGACAACUUCAGGAUGACUUUGUUGCGUUGCUGAACGUUUCACCUGAAGAACAAGAGCAUUUUAUGAAUGAUGAAGUCCGGAUGUUCCUCGCAGGUUAUGAAACGGAGAACAUUCGCUUCGUCUAUGGAUCCGAUAAUGAUGCUCCAAUCAGCAUAAAAGUGAAUCCUUCAUUGGAUCCGUUCAUGAGAUCGGCCGUGGAAAGGUUUAAGAAAAUUUUCAUAGAUAUCUGGUAUGUUCGCGUAUAUGGAUAUGCCUUGAAGCACGACUAUUCAUUUUCACUCACUACAAGGGCUGUGGCCGAAGAAAUCGUCAAACGAUUGAACAAGCUUGUCUGCCCCAUCAUCGAAGCCGAUACAUAUGAUGUAAGGUUACUGUUU